AACUACUAAAAUAAUGUAUAAAUAUUAAAAUUAAUAUAGUGUCCCUACUUCGUGGAUUUUCACUUACUGCGAGUGGUCCUGGAACCUAACCCCAGCGAUAAGUGAGGGAACACUGUAUAACAAAUUUGAAAAUAUUUCUGUUCCUCGUUCGAAUGUCUUAUUUCCUGCUUAAUUGUGUGGUAUUUAAUUUGAAAGUUCGACUCCAGAAGCUUCAUUUUUGUGGCUGCCACAAACUCAGUUUAAUUGGUUUGAGAUAUUUAUCGAAAAACUAUAGUAAAUGUGCUGCAGGAUGUCCCGCAAAAACAAAGUUUUGUAGUUUAAUAAACUUUUUCCACAUUUUUAUGAUCGAUCCAAUUAGGUAAUGUUGUGUAUAAUCCAGGAACAAAAAUUGUGUUACAUACAUUUUAUGCAUGCCCAUAUUUCUUAUAAGGAGAUAGCUUAUGCUAGUAAGACUGAAUUACUGUGUCACGGAAUGAUGCAUGGCUAAGAAGUGUGUCACCAACAUGAAAUGUUUGGAAAGCUCUAGGAUCAGAUCCUGCCUGCCAGCCAAUGGGAGAGACUAAUGCAAAGGUUCUGGAAUGCUGUCCUGAAGAUGCAGGGAAAGGAGGUAGUGUUGACCAUGGCAACCAGGUCUUCCUCAGUCCCAUCCAGUGGCAGAAGAGCCCCCUCUUUUCUCCAUCUUGCUGGUGGAGUUGAGUUCCAAGUGGCAAGAGACUAUGCCCAAAGGGAAGCGGGCCAACCCCAGCACGGCUCUGGAUGGCAUCUGGUUUGCACAUCAUGGAAACCUCCCACUAUAUCCCGAAACUCUUACAGCUGCUAUGCAAAAACAGAUACUAAAUCCAGAAGCUACUCACCAAAUCGACACUAGAUUGCCACUGAUGUACAAAGUUCGGGAAAAGAAACCAGGAAGCACAUUCCCAUUUUCGAUUCAUGACAAUAGACAUUGCUUGAUCAAUGUUGGAGAAUAUUUAGACUCUGGCAGAAAGAAGCAGCCUGUCUGUUACCGAAUCAGAAUUUCCACAGCGUUAGCCAACAGUUUCAUCCCCAAGCAGAUUCCAAACUAAAGUGGAUGCGAAUCACAUAAUCUGUGAAGCGCCCCAUGCUGUUUGUCACACUCAAGAGGGCAAUCUUGGUCCUCCUACAGAAGAAAGAACUGCAUACUUGCUACAUUUGUAAUGUUUAUCUUGGGUUUAUGUUGCCAGAGAAUCUCGCAAAUUUUAGUUGUGUUUUCCAACAGCAAGAAAAGAUUAUGAAGAUUACAAAUGCUAAGUCUACAUCGGUUAAACAUUUUCCCACUCUGAUGCAUUUCUAAAAUCAUUUGGGAUUGCUGUUUAUUAGAUAAAAGUCUCCAUGAUGAUUAGUGAGAUCAGUAAUGUGAAGCUCUUUGUACACUGAAAAGUAAAGUGAAUUUUGAUCUCAUGAGAGCUGGCAAGUUAAAUGUCUUGAAUUUGCAAAGGAGGAAUAGGAGAGGGUUGGAGAUGUUAGUAUGAUGUGAAAUGUAUCAUCUCCCUUGAUUUAAAAUGGUGGUAUAAUGAGCUGACAAUAUGACUAUUGCUCUUAUAAUGAAUUACACAAUUGAUGCCAAGUGAUACAUACAAUGAUUUUCAAGUAUUUUAUGAAGAGAAUCCACCAAUUGAAUUUUGGUCCUGUGAAUUACUUGUCUCAUACACAGUACAACCAAAAAAAGUUUUUUUUUCUUUGUGUCUUGGUUUUUAGGCCUUUUCCUGGGUUAUUUGGGGUGCGAAUUCAGAAAAUUGCAUUGGCUUUUUGAUAUGGUUAUCAUGACUUCCUAUGGGCGAGCAGAUGAACAGUGGUAUAUGGCAUAUGUUCUGUAUCUCAAAAACUAGAGCUGAGGGAGGGAAAGUGAUGUCAUUUUUUUGAAUCAGCAGGUAAAAUAUACCCUGAAACCAGCCUAACAUUUGAGGCACUCAAAUGUGAAUUGGCCAGUGAAUUACCAUAAUUUUCUCAGCAUACUAGGAAUAAUACACAUAUACAGCUGCUUGGAAAUGCCCAUCAGGUCCAUCACUGUACUCAGAUAAUAAAGUUACUUCUUAAAGUAACUAGAAAAACAUCCUUUUCACCUGGAACAAAUGGUUUAAUCAUUGAAUGCACCCCGAAAGCAAUGUUUCCAUCAUUUUUUCCAACAAACUCUACCCUUCACUAAUGAUUAUUUUAAUGGGUUGCUGUGAGUCUUUCGGACUGUAUGACCAUGUUCCAGAAGCUUUCUGUCCUGAUGUUUUGCCCACAUCUGUGGCAGGCAUCCUCAGAGGUUGUGAGGUAUGUUAGAAACUAGGCAAGGGAGAUUUAUAUAUCUGUUUAAGGUCCAGGGUGGGAAAAAGAACUCUUGUCUGUUGGAGGCAGGUGUGGAUGUUGUAAUUAAUCACCUUGAUUAGCAUUUGAUGGCCCUGUGGCCUCAAGGCCUGGCUUCUUCCUGACUGGGAGAAUUCUUUGUUUGGAGGUGUUAGCUGUCCCUGAUUGUUUUAUGUUUGGAAUUUCUCUGUUUUCAGAGUGUUGUUCUUUAUUUACUGUUCUGAUUUUAGAGUUUUUUUUUUAAUACUAGUGGCCAGAUUUUGUUCAUUUUAUGGUUUCCUCCUGUCUGUUGAAAUUGUCCACAUGUGUGAUGACUCAUGGGCCAUGUAGUCCCGUUCCAAGUACUAUUGUGGCAGACGAAGAGGAAAACUUUGGUUUCCCACCGUUUCAGCCAGAAUUGGAGCCCUUGCACCUGCAGGAUGUUUGCCCUCCAGAAGUCAGCCAAACAGGCCUUGGGCAGAAAUCUCCCCCGUUCUCUCGCCGGGAUAAUUAUAAUCGAGAUAGAGGCGCUAGGGAGGCGAAUCGCCGAAGCGCCAGGAUCGCUGCCAGACAAUUAGCCUGUUUCCCUUGGGAAAUCUUAAGGAGUCAUGCAUCUGGACAUAGUAUGGGUUUCACUUCUUGUUCCCCAGGGAAAGUGUUCCUUGGCGGGAAAGCAAGAUCCUAUAUAGGUGUUUACCCGCAAGGAGAUCCUUGCGGAGUCAAUUCGUCAGCUUCAGGAGUGAGAUCGUGUGUAGACUACGCUACUCCAGUUCCUCGUUUCCAGGACCUUGUUCUCGUUCCAGUCCUGCCUUGUUUCCCGGACCUCGCCACGGAUUUUGCCACGGACCCUGUUCUUGUUCCUUGCUUCUUGUUGCCUUGAAUCAAGCCUUGUUUGCCAAGAAUCUAGUUUGCUCUCCAGCCUUGUUAUCAAGCUCCAUUGGACUAAAGGACCCUGUCAUUUCCCCACACUUUGCUCGGCAAAGUGUGUGUUUCGGUUAUUGGAUUAUAACUUUGGACUCUAAUAUCUCAUAUUGGACAUUGAUUUCCUGGACUAUUUUUGACCUUUCCUGAAACGUCUACUUCUGAACUAUAUUCCUCACUUGUUUUUAUUGACUUUA